GAUGGAGCUCAGUCCACUACCUGUGAUGCUCUUGCUGAUUUCACUCAUACCAGUGGUCCAGGCUCAAGGGAGUCGUAAAGCUGUGGUGUCUAUAAAGCCUGAUACACAUGUGUUCACUGGAGAGAUUGUUACUCUCAGAUGUGACAUACAGGGAGGAGGAGACACUCAGUGGACUUACAGCUGGAAGAAAAAUAAUACCACAAUAUCAGAGGGAAUAGGGAGAUUCUUCAUAGAAAACAGAACACAGAUGUUCACUAUCUGGCCUGUUGAGGACUCUGACAGUGGAACCUACACCUGCAGAGGACAUGGGAGAGACUCUCAGAGCUCAGAGAUCAGUGAUGAUGUCACACUCACUGUAUCAGUAAGACCCAAACCGACUGUGAGAGUGAAUCCUCAGAGCUCCGUCUACACUGGAGACACCGUCACUCUGAGCUGUGAGCUGCAGCAGGAGACUGGAUGGGAGUUUUACUGGUACAAAAAUAAUCAGCUGUUACAGAAUCUGAAGAGGGAACAUGUGAACACACUUAAAGUGACACUCGAUAAUGCAGGAGAAACAGAGUACAAGUGUCGAGCAUACAGGACAAACUACUACAAACACAACUAUUACACAGUGCUCAGUGAUCCUGUCAAGAUUACAGUGAGAGCAAGACCUAAACCAGUGGCAUCCAUAAAUCCUGAUAAUCAGGCUUUCAGUGGAGACACCGUCACUCUGAGCUGUGACAUACAGGAUGAAAAUGUCUCUAGCUGGCAGUACAGCUGGUAUAAAGAUACUUCACACAGUCCUGUCAGUAGUGAACAGGUGUACAGUAUCAGUGGUGUUGAAGUGACCCACACAGGUACAUACACCUGUAGAGGAACAGAGAGAGGAGGCUCACGCUCCUCACACUCCAGUGAUGUUAUUACACUGACUGUAUCAGCGAGACCUAAACCAGUGGCAUCCAUAUAUCCAUAUAAUCAGGUGUUCAAUGGAGACACAGUCACUCUGAGAUGUGACAUACAGGAUGAAAGUGUCUCUAGCUGGCAGUACAGUUGGUAUAAAGAUACUUCACACAGUCCUGUCAGUAGUGAACAGGUGUACAGUAUCAGUGGUGUUGAAGUGACCCACACAGGUACAUACACCUGUAGAGGAACAGAGAGAGGAGGCUCACACUCCUCACACUCCAGUGAUGUUAUUACACUGACUGUAUCAGAGAGACCACAGGCAGUACUGAGUGUAUCUCCACAGAGCUGGCUGACUGAAGGAGACUCAGUGACUCUAAGCUGUGAGGUUACAGACUCCUCUACAGACUGGACAUUCAGCUGGUACACAGUUGUUCCCUACAGAGACGGAUUAACUGGAAUAAAUAAUAAUCGUGGCUAUAUCGUGCACGUGGAUCUCCUCUCAGACAGCAGCAGAGGAUCUGGAGACAAAUACACUCUCAGUCCUGCUGCUCUUAAUCACACAGGAGUUUAUAUGUGCAGAGGAGAGAGAGGAGAACCAGCCCUUCACACACAGUACAGCAAUCUACAGCCACUAUGGAUCACUGGUGAAUCUCCUCCAGUCUCUCUGAUCAUCAAUCCUAGCAGAACUCAACACUUUACUAAAGACUCUCUCUCACUGAGAUGUGAGGACCAGAGUAAGUCUACUGGAUGGACAGUGAGACGAUACACACACACUGAGAGAGUGUUAGAUUGUUCACACUGGGCAUCAGUUACAGGAUCUACAUGUAACUUCAGCUUCCUCUCCACAUCCUACACUGGAGUUUAUUGGUGUGAGUCUGAAUCUGGAGAAAACAGUAAUCCUGUCAACAUCACAGUGCAUGAUGGUGAUGUGAUCCUGGAGAGUCCUGUCCAUCCUGUGACUGAGGGACAUCCUCUGACUCUACGCUGUUUAUAUCACAACCCAAAUCCCUCAAACCUCCGAGCUGAUUUCUAUAAAGAUGGAUCAGUUCUCCAGAACCAGACUACAGGAGAGAUGAUCAUCCAAACUGUCUCAAAGUCAGAUGAAGGUUUCUACCACUGUGAACACCCAGAGAGAGGAGAGUCUCUGAAAAGCUGGGUCUCAGUCAGACGUCCAUCAUGUGCAGAAUUCCCUGUGCUCAUGCUGAUCUGUAGUGUGGUGACGGCCUCUCCGUAUCUGCUGGUGACCAUCAUUCUGCUGGUUAUAUGUUACAGAGCACGAGAUCACACUGAUGAAGACAGGAUUGAGAAUGCAGUUUUAGAGGAGUGA